AUGUCGACCACACGCACAAUCGCGACCAGCAUUGCCAGGCUGUCCAUAGCCACGAGCCGACGACGGCCCGCCUGCGCCGCCGCCGCCGCCCGCGUCGGCCUUGCUACCUCAUAUCUGCCGAGCCGGCCCACGACGGCGCCGGCAGGCUGGACGACGGCGCUGGCGAUGCGCACAUUUACGACGACGCGGGUGCAGCGCCACGGGCACGUCCACACGCCCAAAGCCGGUGAAGAACUCUACAUUACGUUUGUCGACAAGGACGGCGAGGAGCACAAGCUCGCCGUCGCCGCGGGCGACAACCUGCUCGACAUUGCGCAGGCGCACGACCUCGAGAUGGAGGGCGCCUGCGGCGGGUCCUGCGCCUGCUCGACCUGCCACGUCAUCGUCGCCGACGAGGGGCUGUACGACAAGAUGCCCGAGCCCGAAGACGACGAGAACGACAUGCUCGACCUGGCGUUUGGCCUCACCGAGACAAGUCGCCUCGGCUGCCAGGUCGUCAUGACAAAGGAGCUCGAUGGCUUGGUCGUCAAGCUGCCCACCAUGACGCGCAACUUGCAGGCCAGCGACUUUCAAUAG